AUGUUUGUCUACCAAGGAAAGCUCAACUGGUACCACUACGGCAAGGACGAGACCUUUGUCAUCAUCCUGCCCAGCGGCCCGGUCCGAGUCGGCGACAGCGUCUACCUGUUCUCCCAGUGGACAGAGGACUCCCAAGGCCGCAAGAAGCAGAAUUGGUUCCAGACCAUCACUGUCGACUCUGUAACCCAGACCGACAGCAGCGAUGUCACCUUUGCCCUCAAGGGAUCAUGGUACAGCUUCACUAUCACCACCAAGGACGGUUACAAGGACCUGUCUCUCAUCAUGAAGAACCCUCUCGGUGGUGUCAGUAAGCCCAUGAGUCUUCAGAGGAUUUGGGAGUCCAAGCAGGAACUCACAGGCACCACCCGUGUCUGGACUGGCAAGUUCAAGUGGAUGCACUUUUCCGACAAUGAGCCCGCCAUUUUCAUCGUUCCCGAUGGCUUUGGUGAGGGUAAGCCCAUUCUGUCUUUGUGGCAGUGGUCGAAGGCUUCCAAUGGAAAGACCAACGAACCGUCUUUCCGUAACGAGGUUCAGAAGAAUGUCACUGGCGAUGAAAGCAGCACUAUCAACUUCUCGUACCACUCUUACUACGACAUUCACUGCACCUGGACUGCCAGCAAGGAUCAACUUGAUGUGGAUGUCACAGAGGGCAGCUACAAAGAGAAGGUCGGAGACAUGAUUCGGUCUGCCAUCAUUGAGCGUAAAAAGCAUAUCCAUGAUGUCAACCCUGUUGAGCCUACUCCACAGAAGGGUGAAUGUGAGCUUCGCCAGCCACAGCCUCAAUCAUCUCUGCCGCGCAUUGUGGACCCUCUGCCCUUCCCCAAAGGUCUUCUUGAGACACUUGCCCACAGUGCAGCAUAUGUCGAUCAGGCAGGCUACCUAGCCAAGUAUGCUCUUGACCAAUUUGCCACCCUUGAUGCAGACUACCACGUCGAAAUUGAAAAGGUCAAGGCCAAGGAUGCCGAGAUCACCAACCUCAAAGAGACGGUUAGGGGUCUGACCGACGCUCGUAGCAUCGCUGAUGCCCAGGUCAAAGAGUUGCAGAAGCAGCUCGAGCAAGCCGGCAAGGAUGCGCAGGCACUUCGUGACCGAAUCGCCAAGCUGGAUAAGGACCUCAGAGAGCAUGCCACUCAGGACGAUAAGUCUCAAAAGGUCUUGGAGGAUACGCAAAAAGAGCUUCAGACUGUUAUGGAGGAGAAGAGCCGCCUCACAAAGGACCUUAACGACGCCAACUCAACCAUUACUGAUCUCACCGCUCGUAUUGCAGUCUAUCAGAAGGAGAUCAUGGACAAGGACACAGAAAUUUCUCGCCUCAAGGCCGAACUCCACACGCAGACGGAGCUCAACAAGACGCUGACUUCCAAGAACAGCGAACUCAACACAUCCGUCACUGAGCUCGAAAAGACCAAGCUAUCCCUGGGGGAUAAGCUCAACCGUGCCAACGAAAGAAUCAAGGACCUGCUGAAACAGAACGAGGAGGAGAGCGCCAAGGUUACUAAAGCCAACAAGGACAGGGUCGCUGCUGAGACCAAGAUUUCAGAUGCGGAGAACGAGCGUGACAUUGCGGUCAAGGAGUUGCGAGCCCUCAAGCAGAAGAUUUACGAGGAAGAGAACAAAUGA